AUGAGAGUUUCUCGAGAGGUGGCGGCGGUGGUGGUGUGGAUGGGGCUUGCGGGCGUGCUGGCGGGGCUGGUGGCGUGGAGGGUGCAGAAGGUCUUCGACGACAAUCGCAAGGCGGAGCUCGACACCUGGUGCGCCGGUCGCGCGCGCUCGCUGCAGCAGCAAUUUAUGCUCACCGCCGACCACGUGCAGGUAGACGCCCGACCACGUGCAGGUAGACGCCCGACCACGUGCAGCACACGCACAGCACGCAUUCACUUCACACCUCUAUCCCUUUUCAUCUGUCGUCCCUUUACCUCUGCUCCCGCAUGCACCUAUGCUCCCGCAUGCACCUCUGCUCCCGCAUGCACCUCUGCUCCCGCAUGCACGCACCAGGCGCUGGCAGGGCUGGCGACAGUAUUUGGGGGGGUGCGGGAGAACCCCUGGGGCGUGGGCGAGUGCAUGAGCCAGGCGCGGUACGUGCAGUACGUGCACGCCACUGUCGCCGCGCGGCCAUGGGUGCAUGGUAUCAUCUACCUCGUCCCCCUCAACCACACAGACAGCGCGGCGUACGAGCGGCAGAUGCAGUGCGGCUUGGUGGACAUGGUGGGGCGGCCGCGCCCCCCAGCGGACUGGUACAUGGUGAUCCGCUACGGCUACACGGAGAUCAGCCCCCUCGCCACGCUGCUCACCAGCGCGCCCUGCAAGGACGCCCUCACCAACCCCUCGUACGGCCCGCAGCUGGGCGGCAUGGUGGAGCGCGCGGACAAGUGGCUCACCACGCCCUACGUGCUUGACAAUGGCAACGCUGGCAUCGGUGGGUGCCUGGCUGGGUGGCUGGCUGCCACUCGCAUGGUGGGUGGGGCAAUGGGGGCAGCAGCAUGGGUGGGUGGGGCAAGCGGGCAGCAGCAUGGGUGGGUGGGGCAAGCGGGCAGCAGCAUGGGUGGGUGGGGCAAGCGGGCAGCAGCAUGGGUGGGUGGGGCAAGCGGGCAGCAGCAUGGGUGGGUGGGGCAAGCGGGCAGCAGCAUGGGUGGGUGGGGCAAGCGGGCAGCAGCAUGGGUGGGUGGGGCAAGCGGGCAGCAGCAUGGGUGGGUGGGGCAAGCGGGCAGCAGCAUGGAUGGGUGGGGCAAUGGGGGCAGCAGCAUGGGUGGGUGGGGCAAUGCGGGCAGCAGCAUGGGUGGGUGGGGCAAUGGGGGCAGCAGCAUGGGUGGAUGGGAAAUGGCGCUGUGGCAGGAAACGGUCAGUGAAGCCCCAUGGCUCAUGUACAACUGCAGCAUGGGCUAUCGUUCAUGUCAGGGGUGGAGAAAUCCGUGCAUGGCUGGGUGUUCAUUGCUGUUCCACGCCAUUGCUCUCUGCGCUGCUCUCUGCGCUGCUCUCUGCGCUGCUCUCUGCGCUGUGCUGCGUCGUCGCCCGAUCACCAACCACGCAGGCAUGGCGUUCCCGGUGUUCCGAGCGGGCGUGUCGACAGAGUCGCCACUGGCAGAGCGGCAGCAUGCGCUGGUGGGAGCCAUGGGGGCGUCGGUGGACUUGAAGCGCCUCGCCAGCGCCAUCAUCCUCGACGUGCUGCAGGACGUGAACUACACGCUUGAGAUCUACGAUGUCACGGACACCCUCGCGUCGCCCCCGUCGGGCCCGCGCCUGCUGUACGGGGUGGGCGAGCUGCCGCAAGGCGACUUCCAGCAGGUGUCGAAGGUCAUUCCGCCCUCCACAGACGCCAUGCUGCAGCCUCACCGCCACAAGGCCGUGCACCAGAUCAACCUCACUGACUCCUCUCGAACCUUCCAAGCCUGGUGCCGCUUUGCAGGGGCAGACGAAGAGCGCAGUUGGGUGGCGGUGGUGCUGGGCGUGGUCAUCGUGGUGGUGGCGGCGCUGCUGGCGGGCAUGGCAGUGAGCGUGGUGCGCAACACGCGGAGGGCGAGGAGGAAGACGGCGGCACUGGAGGGCAUGAAGGAGAGCACGCAGCGCAAGGAGCGCAACAAGAGCGCCUUCAUCGCCAACACCUCGCAUGAGCUGCGCACCCCGAUCAUCGGGUUAAAAGGCAUGCUGGAGCAGCUGGUGGAGGGGCACAUGGAGCGCGAGAUGAGGGAAGACGUGUGCAUGGCAGCGGAGGAGGCAGAGCGGGUGCUGCUGCUGGUGAACACGGUGCUUGACAUCUCCAAGGUGGAGGCGGGCUGCAUGCAGCUGGAGCAACUGCCCUUCCACCCGCGUGCAUGGCUGCUGGCCGCCCUGCAGCAGCACGGUGCCCGAGCUGCCCAAGCUGGGCUGCAGUGUGAGUGGUGCAUGCAUGCAUGCACUCGCACAUGCACUCGCACAUGCGCUCGCACAUGCACUCGCACAUGCACUCGCACAUGCACUCGCACAUGCACUCGCACAUGCACUCGCACAUGCACUCGCACAUGCACUCGCACAUGCACUCGCACAUGCACUCGCACAUGCACUCGCACAUGCACUCGCACAUGCGCUCGCACAUGCACUCGCACAUGCACUCGCACAUGCGCUCGCACAUGCACUCGCACAUGCACUCGCACAUGCGCUCGCACAUGCACUCGCACAUGCACUCGCACAUGCGCUCCCACAUGCACUCGCACAUGCACUCGCACAUGCACUCGCACAUGCGCUCGCACAUGCACUUGCACAUGCGCUCCCACAUGCACUCGCACAUGCACUCGCACAUGCACUCGCACAUGCGCUCCCACAUGCGCUCCCACAUGCACUCGCACAUGCACUCGCACAUGCACUGGCACAUGCACUCGCACAUGCACCUGCGCAUACACUCGCACAAACAUACACCCACUCACGUGGCAUGUGGAUUCGAGUGUGCCGGAAGUGCUGGAGGGGGACUACCUGCGCCUGCAGCAAGUGGUUGACAGCAUUGUUGACAACGCCAUCAAGUUCACGAGCAGUGGAGGCCACAUGGGGCAGCGGCCGCUUGCACGGGCAGGGCCGAGGCAAUACUGUGGGCGCUUGGAGGAGCGGGUGGGGCGGGAGAAAGGAGCAGCGGCGCAGGGGUGGUGCAGGGGUGGAAAUCCUGAAGGAGGGAGCGGCGGGGAUGGUGCAAGUGCGGAUGCCAUGGCCGCUGGUGAGGCUUCAUGCGAGGCAGCGAAAGCACGAGUGGUGGGCGGUUCUGGCGGGGAGGGCAGUAAGGAGGGCAGUGGGGAGGGCAGUGGGGAGGGCAGUGGGGAGGGCAGUGGGGAGGGUAAUGGGGAGGGCGCAUGGUUGGGUGCAGUGAGGCGGUGGUGGCGCAGGGCUGCCAUGCCGGGAUUCAGGGGGGCUAAACCUAAGGGGCAUUAUGGAGGACGGGUGGUGGUGCUGGUAACAUGUGAGGACACGGGGUGUGGCAUCGCAGAGGAGGAGCAGCGCGACGUGUUUCAGGCGUUCAUGCAGGUUCAUCACAAGAGGCAUUCGCAUGGAGGUAGCGGCUUGAGUCUCCACAUAUCGAAACAACUGAGUGCCAAGGAGUCUCUAAAGGAGAUGCUACACGGCAUGGCCAUCCUGGUGGUGGACGACAAUGCCAUCAACCGGCGGGUGGCGGCGAGCACGCUGGCGCGGUACGGGGCGGAGGUGGCGCUGGCAGAGUCGGGCGAGGCAGCGCUGCGCCUGCUGCAGGCGCGCCACUCCUUCCGCCUCGUGCUCAUGGACCUCCACAUGCCCGGCCUUGAUGGCUUUCAAACCACCGCCCGCCUGCGCGCCUUCGAGGCCGCUGCUCAGAUGGCCCGGGAAGAACAGGUAGAAGAGGGGGUGCAUUGCAUGCCAGAACUGACGGAGGGGGUAGAGGGUGGAGAAGGAGGUUGGUGGUGGCAAAAACGCAUUGAUGUGGUGGCCAUGUCAGCAGAUGUGGACAGCACUGUUGCUGCCCGUGCCACUGAGGCUGGCAUGGAUGGUGCAGUGCAGAAGCCACUCAAUGAGAGUGUGCUGCUCCAGGUGUUGUCAACACUGUUUGUGAAAAACCGGAGGUACAGGCCGCACUCGAUGUGA